AUGGGGAACUCGCUAUCCAUUUCUAGCCUGUUUGGCAAGCUCUUCGGGUCCAAGGAAGUGCGCAUUCUGAUGCUGGGUCUCGAUGCCGCUGGCAAGACUACCAUUCUCUACAAACUCAAACUCAACCAGACCAUGACCACCAUCCCAACCGUCGGGUUCAACGUCGAGACGUUUACAUACAAGAACAUUCGGUUCAACAUGUGGGACGUCGGUGGCCAAGACAAGAUUCGCCCGUUGUGGAGGCAUUACUACAGCGGCACCCAAGGUCUCGUCUUCGUUGUCGACUCGUCCGAUCACAACCGCAUUGAGGAGGCCAAGACGGAGUUGCACCGUAUUCUGAAUGACCUGGAAAUGUCCGAUUGCCUGCUGCUUGUCUUUGCGAACAAGCAGGAUCUCGAGGGUGCCAUGGACCCUCAAGCAAUUACAGAUAAGCUUGAGCUUUCGCGGCUCAGGGACCAGCGGCCUUGGUUCGUCCAGCCGGCGAUUGCCACGGAAGGCGAGGGCCUGACCGAAGGCUUUGGCUGGCUGUCAGACAACAUCAAGAAGACACCGAAGUACGGCGGUGGCGGGAAAUAA